AUGAACCUGCCACCCGACAAGGCUCGACUGCUGCGACAGUAUGACAACGAGAAGAAGUGGGAGCUCAUCUGUGACCAGGAAAGAUUCCAAGUGAAGAACCCUCCACACACAUAUAUCCAGAAGCUGAAGGGAUAUCUGGACCCUGCAGUGACCAGGAAGAAAUUCAGGAGACGAGUCCAAGAGUCAACUCAAGUCCUCAGAGAACUGGAAAUUUCCUUAAGAACAAACCACAUUGGGUGGGUCAGGGAGUUCCUGAACGAGGAGAACAAAGGGCUGGAUGUGCUGGUGGAGUACCUGUCCUUUGCACAGUAUGCAGUCACGUUUGACUUUGAAAGUUUGGAGAACAGUGUGGAAAACUCAAUGGACAAAUCCAAACCUUGGAGCAGAUCCAUCGAGGACUUGCACAGGGGCAGUAACUUGCCCUCGCCGGUCGGGAACAGCAUCUCGCGCUCCGGCAGACACUCCACGCUGAGGUAUAACACCUUGCCCAGCCGAAGAACAUUGAAAAACUCCAGAUUAGUGAGUAAAAAAGAUGAUGUUCACGUCUGCAUCAUGUGUUUAAGAGCCAUCAUGAACUACCAGUAUGGAUUCAACAUGGUCAUGUCCCAUCCCCAUGCUGUUAAUGAAAUUGCACUAAGCCUGAACAACAAGAACCCCAGGACAAAGGCUCUUGUCUUGGAGCUCCUGGCAGCUGUUUGCCUCGUGCGAGGAGGACAUGAGAUCAUUCUCUCUGCAUUCGAUAACUUCAAGGAGGUGUGUGGGGAGAAGCAGCGCUUUGAGAAGCUGAUGGAGCACUUCAGAAAUGAAGACAACAACAUAGACUUCAUGGUGGCCUGCAUGCAGUUCAUCAACAUUGUGGUGCACUCUGUGGAGGACAUGAACUUCAGGGUCCACCUGCAGUAUGAAUUUACAAAGCUGGGCCUGGAUGAGUACUUGGAUAAGCUGAAGCACACAGAGAGUGACAAGCUGCAGGUGCAGAUUCAGGCCUACCUGGACAACGUGUUUGACGUGGGAGCUUUGCUGGAGGAUGCUGAGACCAAGAAUGCAGCGCUGGAAAGAGUUGAAGAACUGGAAGAAAACAUUUCCCAUUUAUCUGAAAAGCUCCAAGAUACAGAGAACGAAGCCAUGGCCAAGAUUGUAGAACUGGAAAAGCAGCUCAUGCAAAGGAACAAAGAACUGGAUGUGAUCAGGGAAAUCUACAAAGAUGCAAACAGCCAAGUUAACACCUUGAGGAAGAUGGUGAAGGAGAAGGAAGAAGCCAUUCAGCGCCAGUCCACACUGGAGAAGAAGAUCCAUGAGCUGGAGAAGCAGGGAACCAUUAAGAUCCAGAAGAAAGGGGAUGGGGACAUCUCCAUCCUGCCUGUGGCUCUGACCUCAGGGAUGGUGCCAGCAGGGGCAGAGCUUGGGACAUGUGUCACAUCAGUUGCUGGAGCUGCAUCCUCAGUGCCAUUGCCACCACCUCCACCACCGUUACCUGCCUUGGCAGCCACACCUGAGGCAGUGCAGAACGGCCCUGUGUCGAUGCCGAUGCCUCCACCACCACCACCUCCUCCACCACCUCCUCCACCACCUCCACCUCCUCCUCUGCCAGGUCCAGCUCUGGAGACAACUCCUGCAGCUCCACUGCCUCCACCACCCCCACCCUCAGCACCUCCUCUGCCUGGGACAGCCUCUCCCACCGUGGUCUUCAACUCAGGGCUUGCAGCUGUGAAGAUCAAGAAGCCAAUCAAGACCAAGUUCAGGAUGCCUGUGUUCAACUGGGUCGCCCUCAAACCCAACCAGAUCAACGGCACAGUCUUCAAUGAGAUCGAUGACGAGAGGAUCCUGGAGGACCUAAAUGUGGACGAAUUUGAGGAAAUCUUCAAAACAAAAGCCCAAGGCCCAGCCAUUGAUCUGACCUCAAGCAAGCAGAAGAUCCCUCAGAAAGGCUCCAACAAGGUCACCUUGCUGGAUGCCAACAGGGCCAAGAACCUGGCCAUCACCCUGAGGAAGGCUGGGAAGACAGCAGAUGAGAUCUGCAAAGCCAUCCAUGUGUUUGACCUGAAGACGUUGCCAGUGGACUUUGUGGAGUGCCUGAUGAGGUUCCUGCCCACGGAGAACGAGGUGAAGGUGCUGCGGCUGUACGAGCGGGAGAGGAAACCCAUCGAGAACCUGUCGGACGAGGAUCGCUUCAUGAUGCAGUUCAGCAAGAUCGAGAGGCUCAUGCAGAAGAUGACCAUCAUGGCCUUCAUUGGCAACUUUGCUGAGAGCAUCCAGAUGCUGACCCCUCAACUUCACGCCAUAAUCGCUGCCUCUGUCUCCAUAAAGUCAUCCCAGAAACUUAAGAAGAUACUGGAGAUCAUCUUGGCUCUUGGCAACUACAUGAACAGCAGUAAGCGAGGAGCUGUGUAUGGCUUCAAGCUGCAGAGUUUAGACCUGCUCCUGGAGACGAAGUCAACGGACAGGAAGCAAACCCUGCUGCACUACAUCUCCAACGUGGUCAAGGAGAAGUACCAGCACGUGUCCCUCUUCUACAACGAGCUGCACUAUGUGGAGAAGGCUGCUGCAGUGUCCCUGGAGAACGUCCUGCUGGACGUGAAGGAGCUGCAGAGGGGCCUGGACCUGACGAAGCGCGAGUACACCAUGCACGACCACAACACCAUGCUCAAGGACUUCAUCCAGAACAACGAGGGCAAGCUGAAGAAGCUGCAGGAUGAUGCUAGGAUAGCCCAGGAUGCCUUUGAUGAUGCUGUGAAGUACUUUGGGGAGAAUCCCAAGACAACACCUCCCUCAGUCUUUUUCCCUGUGUUUGUCCGGUUUGUGAAGGCCUACAAGCAAGCAGAAGAAGAGAAUGAGUUGAGAAAAAAGCAGGAACAGGCCUUAAUGGAAAAACUGAUGGAGCAAGAAGCACUGAUGGAGCAGCAGGACCAAAAGUCUCCUUCCCACAAAACCAAGCGGCAGCAGCAGGAGCUGAUCGCGGAGCUGCGGCGGCGACAGGUCAAGGACAACCGACACGUGUACGAGGGCAAGGAUGGAGCUAUUGAGGACAUCAUCACAGCCCUAAAGAAGAAUAAUAUCACUAAAUUUCCCAAUGUUCACUCGAGGGUAAGGAUUUCUUCUAGCACAUCGGUGGUGGAGGAUACCCAGAGCUGGCAAGCAUCACUUUUUACUUAG